CCCGCGGUGUCCGAGUCCUACCGGCUGCGAUGUGUUACGCGCCCCAGCUUUAGAAAAAAAAAAAAAAAAAAAAAACAGAGAAGGAAAACUUCAUAGAAAUGGCGGAGGGUGCAACGACUCUCAAAGGCUUGCGAGCCCAAAUGGCUGCAGCUGCACAGGCACAAGCCGAGGAGCGGCGCAGCCUGGCAGGGAACAGUCCCGGACCUACAGCCAACCCACCAGCUAAACCUCAGGGGUGUAAGCCAGUCAUUGACGGUGCCGCACUUAAAAUAGACGACCGACUGCGAGUGGCAAAAGAGAGGCGAGAAGAGGCAGACAAACAACAGGCUUUGCGAGAGUCUCAGAUUAUGGAGCGGGAGCGCAAGGCCAAGCUGCAAGUGGAGCGCCAGAUGGAGGAGCGUCAGAAAAAGGUUGAGGAGCAGCGAAGAAAGGAGGAGCAGAAACGAUUGGCUGUGGAGGAGAAGAGGAAGCAGAAACAGGAAGAGGAAAAGGAGCACUACGAGGCAGUGAUGCGGCGGACAUUGGAGCGUAGUCAGCGAGUGGAGCAGAGGCAGAAAAGAUGGUCCUGGGGAGGACUGUCCACAGACUCUGAUGGACGAACAGGAGAUUCUGAUGCCAGCGCCUCAUCUCCAGUAACAAUACUUAUCUCCCCUGCCUCGCCAGAAAAGCCACCAAGGAGUCGACAAGUGGACAAGCGUUCCACAUCCACCAUGAACCUGAAGCAGCCGUCUGAGGCUGGCAUCAGCAAACGCCUAUCCUCCUCCUCUGCCACCCUCAUCAAAUCUCCUGACAAAAGGGUUAAGCCAAGGAGUUCAUCUUGUAACCGGUUGCCUAGCAACGACAAUGCUGCUCAGGCCAGUAAGGAAGACGGCAAAAAGCUUCAGGUGGAACAGACAGGCCGUUCCAUGAAGAAGAGAAGUUCUUCCCUUACACGAGUAAGUGUGGGCAGAGCACAGACCCCUGCCAAGCCUGAUAAGGGGACAACGGAUGAUCAAGCUCGCAGGCCACCGGCCAGCACUGUGGAUGGAGGGGUCCUUAGUCGCCUGCUCACCCCUACCCAGGCCUCACUAGCUAGGAGCAAGAGCGCCGCCGCCCUGUCAGCUGAAGGAACAGAUGCUCCAGAGUGUCACCUGUGUCCUCGCUCAGCCUCCGCCAGUCCCCUGCACCCACCGCGUGGACCUGUGCGCAGCCGCAGCAUUGACCGACAGAAGAGCGGCAUGACCACUUCUGUGUCAGCCGACGGAGCCCUCGACCCUUCACUGAAGGACAAGCAGUUAACAUCACCUCAAGGGCAACGUCCCGCCUCCCCAUCUACAAACCUGGGACGCAACCGUUCACCAUCCCCAGCCCCCAAUCCAUCCCCAAAGAGGACCCCUUCCCCAGGAGCAGCGAAGCAAAAUUCCAAAACACGCCCACCCUCACCUGGUGCAAUGAAACAGCGUCCCCCUUCCCCCCAGCCUAUGUCAGCCAAACCUCCACCUAUCCAGAAACCAGCGCUCACUCCAACAGGGCCUCCCACCUUGCGAAAGAGGGACUCCAAGUCCAAGGAUCUGUGUCCUGUCCAGGCUAUGUCUCCACAGUCCUCUGAUUCCAGCAAGACCAAAGACAAAGAUG